UUCUAUAAUGAAAGGGAAUCCACGGCCACAGUGUUGAAUCGUGCUACUGUUCUCUCAACCAAAUUCACAGCCUGGAUGAAGGCAAAUGAAAUGUACCCCGAGGCCAAGUUAUUGACAUAUUCUGAGUUUCCUACUAAAUUCACGUGGAAAAAAACAUCAAAAACGUGGGUACCGAGGAAAAAGAGAUUUGCAGUUGGGAGACUCUAUUUUGUUCGUCCAGGCAUAGGCGAGAAGUACUACCUUAGAAUGCUUCUCAAUGUGGUUAGAGGACCGACCAGUUUUGAGGAAUUGAAGACCGUUAAUGGUACUAUUCAUGCCACAUUCAAGGAUGCUUGCUAUGCAAGAGGUUUGCUCCAGGAUGACAAAGAUCACAUUGGUUGCAUUAAACAAGUAAGUCAUUGGGGAUCUGCACACGCUCUCCGUGAGUUAUUUGUUACCCUGCUGACGUCAGAUGAACUUUCAAAGCCGGAAUUGGUGUGGGAGCAAUGCUGGGAGGAUUUAUCAGAUGAUGUACUAUACAACAUAAGAAGGAACCUCAAUGAUCAAGAGUUGGAUUUAAGUGCAGCUCAAAUUAAAAAUUAUGCUCUUCUAGAAGUUGAAAAACUUCUCCAACAAAAAGGGAAGUCUCUGCGCAACUAUGCAAACAUGCCUUUUCCUUCCGUUUCUCAAAUGGAUUCUCUUGAACACAACCUCAUACAUGAAGAGAUGAGGUAUGAUGUUGAUGCUUUAUCUGAGGAACAUUCCAAGUUGUUGCUAGACAUGACUGAAGAACAACGCAAGGUUUAUGACAUACUCAUUGCUUCAAUCAAUGGAAAUCACGGCGGCAUCUACUUUGUGUAUGGUCAUGGUGGUACCGGAAAAACAUAUUUGUGGAGAACUCUGUCGGCAGCUGUAAGAUCUCGUGGAGGUAUAGUAUUGAAUGUGGCAUCCAGUGCCCUUGCAUCACUUCUCCUUCCAGGUGGACGUACAGCACACUCUAGAUUUGCUAUUCCACUGACAGCGGCAGAAGACUCAACAUGCAACAUCAAGCAUGGUAGUGCAUUGGCCAAGUUAAUUCAAAUGGCAGGGUUAAUUAUUUGGGACGAGGCUCCAAUGACAAAUAAGUAUUGCUUUGAAGCUCUUGAUCGCACUAUGAGGGACAUCCUUCGAUUCACCGUCACAUGUGAUGCUACUAAACCUUUUGGUGGGAAAACAGUUGUAUUUGGCGGUGAUUUUUAGACAAAUAUUACCAGUUAUUCCGAAAGGCAGUCGACAAGAUAUUGUACUUGCAGCUUUGAACUCUUCCUACUUGUGGCAAUUUUGUAAGGUAUUGAAACUUACAAAGAACAUGAGGCUUACAGGUGACAAAAAUUCUGCUGUUUUGAAGAGUUUUGCAGAUUGGAUCUUGCAAAUUGGAGAUGGUGUUCUUGGCGACGAUGAAGAUGGUGAAUCAAUGAUUGAAAUACCUCAAAGUUUUCUUGCUCCUUUCAUAUCUAAUCCUAUAGAAUCUAUUGUGAGGUGUACAUACCCCGAUUUCUUGGAAAACGGAACAAAUCCUUCUUAUUUGACUUCUAGAGCCAUUCUUGCACCAACAAUAGAGGAUGUAGACAUGAUAAAUAAUUACAUGUUGAGUUUAAAUACUUCCGAGGAGAAGAUCUAUCUAAGCAGUGAUUCAGCAUCCUCUUUUGAUUCUGAAAACAACCUUCUUGACGAGAUCCAUUCACCUGAAUUCCUCAAUGGAAUACGCUGUUCUGGAGUUCCGGCCCAUGAAAUCAGGUUGAAGGUAGGUGUACCUGUCAUGCUCAUGAGAAAUAUUGAUUUCUCUUCGGGGUUAUGCAAUGGCACUCGACUUAUUGUGACCCGACUUGGAGAUAAUAUUAUUGAGGCUCAAAUAUUAACCGGGACAAAUGCGGGUAAGAAGGUGUAUAUUCCAAGGCUGACACUUACACCAUCCGAUGUUAGAUUGCCAUUCAUGUUUCAACGUAGGCAAUUACCAUUGGUGGUUAGUUACGCGAUGACGAUCAACAAGAGUCAAGGUCAGUCGCUUGAAAGAGUAGGCAUCUUCUUACGUCGUCCGGUCUUUACUCAUGGUCAGCUGUAUGUGGCGGUAUCUAGG